AUGUUCGCUUUACAGCGAGUCGGCAUGGUGCAGAGCUACCUGUACUAUCCUGCCACCCGACUUGCCAUCGAGCAGCACAACCCUUUCCACCCAAACCGUGACCUGCUUCUGCAAUCAGUCUGGACCAACAUCCUCGUGACCCAGUUUCCUCUUCCCUACGGUUUCAUCGUCAACCCCCGCGAGCACGGCUGCUUUACCGAGCGCGACCUCUGGGCCGACGUCCAAGUCCAGCAUAUCAACCACCCCGGCCACCUCAGUUUUCUGGUCGUGAUCUGCCGUACUGCCUCCCCCACCUCCAACGGCACCGGCGGCAUUACAGACUGGGAGGAUCAUCUGGAUUCAUACCUGGAUCUCAUCUUUCCCCCUCGCCGCCGAGGAAAUCAGCCUGUGACUGUCUUCGGGAUCGUCGCGUUCAAGCGAAAAGCCAGCUUCCAUGUCAAGGUGGUCGGCGAGGAUCUGCCAAUGGCAAGGAUGUCGCAGCACGAGGAGACCGGCAAGACCGAGUUUGACAUUGUUGAAGAUCAUUUCAUCGUGCAGAGUAUCCUGAACGACAUGUCUCCUCAGCUCUAA